AUGGAUGAACACUCAUUGGUCGUGUUUGAUGGCGGGUCUUUGCUUGUGCUGAACGAUGCAGACCGAGCACGCGUGCUUGGCAAGACAAUUCAAAGCGUCAACGACUACUUCGACUCUCCCCUUGGAACGAUCAGCAAUGAUACUAUACCCGAUCUUGGACUCGACCUUGGUUUUGACUUCACACAAAAUCAGCCUUUCGAAGUGUACGAUCCAGGUGACACGCCAUAUCAACCACGGCCAUGUCGAGCAGAAAUCGUGCAAAUGGAAGAGGCCUGCGCCUCGGGUGAUAUGGCUGCUGUCCAGGCUGUGUUCCGUUCGGAAUGGGUUGAAAAACCGGCGGACGAUCGAAUAGACAAAGAUCAAUUCGCAAGUUCUUUCAAGGUCGCUAUAAAAAACGAUCAUCUGGCUGCCGCGUCCUUCCUCAUAAGUGUUGGGGUAAUGAUGGAUUUGGCUCAUUUCAAGUGCGCUCUGGAGCUGAAAGCGUAUCCAUUCCUACAACUCUUCCUGGAGCAUGGAUUUGAUAUCAACGAGCAGCUGAGCUGGAGUGAACCUGGGCCGCUGACGGCAGCAUUCCACGAUAUAGAGCUUACCAAGUGGUGUCUGGCCCGUGGGGCCGAUCCAAAUGCCGAAUGCAUGCUGGACAAGACCCCGCUUUCCAUCGCCGUUGCCGAGGCCUCAUUUCCUAUCAUCCAGUUACUCUUCGAUCAUGGUGGCUCAGCCAACCACGGGCAACUGCUGCACUAUGCUGCGCGGCGGGUUCUACCUGAUCGGCUUAGGGUGCUAGAUUUCGUCUUGGAGGAAGUCAACUUGCACAAGGGACCUUCCAUCAAUGACAUCAUGUAUCAGGAUCGGCCGUACUGUUAUGGUUUACAAGAAUGUAUUGGCAUAGGGACCCCUCUGCAUGAGGCGGCGUCGUGGGGGAAGCUUGACAUGGUUGAGGCGCUGGUAGCAAGGGGAGCAGAUCCCUGCAUUUUAAAUUCUAAAGGGGAUCUCGCCAUCGAGCUAGCGCGAUGGUAUGGUCACAGGGAAGUGGUUGAAUAUCUGCUGCCACUGUCGCGUUCUUCCCUAAACUUCGUAUUUCAAGCGGGAAGUACUGUUGGACGAGCAUGA